AUGCGACACGUGGAUCCGGGUGGCAAAGUCUUCGCCAUGCGCGUGCUUACUCGGGAUCAAUGCACACCUUGCCAAGUACCAGGCUUUUUCUUGAAGGAUAUGUCGUUGAUCCGGUCCAAGAUGGAUGGGGACGACUCCAACUCACUGCAGCGCAGGAUCUUGGUGGACAACAAUCCGGUCUCAUGUGUGCUUCACCCAAGCGGAUCAGUGCUGGUCCGCGAUUGGCUUGGCGACGCGGAGGAAGACCAGGAGCUGGAGAGACUUCAAAAGCUGCUUGAGGCUUUGUUGCAGGACAGUCAGGGCGACUAUGCUGCCCGUCUGGUACGGAGCUUGGAGAUGAUCCCGAAGGGCGAAGUCCUUCUGAUGGAUCGGUGGGAGUAG